AUGCGCAUUUUAGGCGACUAUAAAAAGCCUAUCCUUGACGUGUUAGCAGCUUUAAAGGUCGUCAUCUUCUUCGAUGAGACAACGUUUGUUAGGUAACAUUCCUCCUUAACUGCUAAAAGGCUUUCACAAACAAUUUCCCUAAUUAUAAAUUGUAUAACUCUUACAUACAAGGAAAUCAAAGGCGCCCUCGAAAGUUCAAGCCUAAAUUGAGCAGCAAAACUCAACCAUCUCACUGAGUUAACAGCCUAUUUAUUGUACACUAUCCGGCUUAUUUCAUGGUAUGUCACGCCAGGAUGCCGACGUUUCGGCUAUUUAUGAAACUCUCAUUUAGCAAAAGUGACAAUGUAAUUAGGAUGAACUUUGCCCAUUGAUUUUAAGUGCCUUAUAAGUUGAAUCAUAUGUCAAAGAAAACAGUACUGAAAAUAUUUAUUGUGAUCAUUGGUUGACGCAAUAUUCCUUGGUUUUACUUUCGUUCAUAAAAGAAGAAUGCCUUUUGGUUUCGAAGAGGUUUUUAGUUUUCAGAUAACGCUUAACUCAAGCCGCAGUUGUGCGUGGUCUAAUAAGUUCUAAACAAAAUAAUAUAUCCUUCCAAUGUACCGUAAAAUUGUCCACGCACGUAAGAUUCUGCAAUGAAAACUAACUAUUACAGAGAAUUCAUAAUCAGAAUCAAGAAAGUGUAGAUGCAUGAAUGAGCAUUUCGCGGUAUUGAAAUUCUCAUAGUGAAGCACAUUUGAGGCUUAAUGAUACACCUUCUUCAAACGGAAAGUUCGAAAAAGAAGUCAUUUGCUGCAAAAUGAGUACAAAAAGGAUGCCUUUCCCAUGGUUUCUUAAAAAUAUAUUUGAUUUACAUAGACUCCAGCAAUUGAUGGUGAAACGUAUGCCACAUGUGCAGUCAUAUUUACCGACUGUGGUCUUUGUUGGCGGAUGGACAGAAGCUCAUUUAAAGUCGAAAUUCUGGCAAGACUAAAAUAUCCUGGGAUUAUAUUGUCCGGUAAUUCAUAGCUCGUACUACUUUCCAAUGGAAGGCGUCGUUCGGAGUUUUGGUCAACACUUCACUAAAAAGGUCAGUUACUUAUUCUAAUACCUCCACCACUUUUGUUUCCAAUACAGUAAAAAUGAGAAAAAUAAAUUGUUCUAAUCUUUGGAAGACUCGUUUGAGUGAGUUUCUCAAAUAAACCGAAGACCGAAAAUUGACUUUCACAGGUUUGCGAGGACGGCCUUAAAAAACGCUUAAAGUACCAUAUUGAGAUGCAAAAUUGCUGGAGCGAUAAAAAGUAAUGCAUCGGAAGUCAUUUGCUGAGGGCUGUGGAACAAAUUGUCGAGCCAAACUUAAUUCAGCCUCUGUUGAAGGCAGUGAAAUUCGGCCCUAAUAUUCCUUUCAUUUUUCAAAUCGGACGAGAAAAGACUUAUCGCAAUGUAUUACGUCACUCCAGUCCGUUGCCAAUUGGGAGGCAAACACUGUGUGAUUAUUUCGAAGAAAUCGAUAUUAAAAAACGACGGGAGAUUCCGAGUGGCAUGACGUUAUUCCCCCUGGUAGCGAAGCAAAAGUCUCAACCAGUUAGAUGUGUAGCGUGAUUGCGUGAUUCCAAGGGCACAAAUGUUUUCAAUUACAUGUGGGAGGAAAAUCCCAGUCAUGCCUAGAAGACACGCAACAGCUGAAGAUGACCACGGGGUCUUAUCAGUGUCUUAAGACUAAAAAAAAACAUCAGAACAGCAUGUGAGCUACAUCAGCUGAAAUGGCUCCGUGAGAAAAAUUGCCACAACUAUCACACAGACAAUUGUGCUAAGCUAGCUGGGAGAAUCAAAUAGGCUAUUUUCAGAAACACCUUUUUGACGUUCUCUGCUGCAAUUUGACGAAGUAAGUGCACCUUCUGGCUCACAGUUUAUGUUUGAAAAUCAAAUUGCACGAAACUGUCGCAGUCCGUGCUUCUUUGCCCUCCGCCGCUUUGUUAAAACGCUCUUCUGUUCGCCUCACGCCCCCUGUCGAUUCGCUGCUGGGACCGAGGGAGGUUUUUCACUAACCGCGCGAGUGUUUGUAGCCAAUCAACGCUGCCCCUCCACUGAUUGGUCGGUGGCCACUGAGGCAGGGCAAAAAACGCACAUCGAUAAUAACCUCGACGGCGGACACAGAGAGCAAAACUCGCCUCGGGAGACCGCUUACGGGGGCUGCUUGCAAAGCCUUGUGUACACACUUCCUCAGCAGCAAAGGUUCUCCAAACAAAUCCCUUUGAUUUGGGAAUCUUUGUGUUGCCGACCAUUACCCAAGGACAAACCCAUUGGAUAAAACUGUCAUUGUCUGCGCUAGUUCCUGGGACUUCCAGUUGCAUCCCCGAAUGGCAGCGCAAAUUGAUAAUCGCUGCCGGAGGGCUGAAAACAGCUCUACGUGCUGGAAGUGACGUUAGGUCUGAGACUAGUACAAUCCGCGUCAGCUUUAAAUGAACACCGUUGUUCAGAUGGUGAUUUAUACAAGGCUAAAUGCAAGUGACGCCUCAGGCUGUGACGCUUCAGUCUCUGUGGUUUAUUUUAGACCCCCAAUCUAAGAUCCUGCGAAGACGGCUAUCCUUGCUUUCGACUCUCGAAUCAUCUACGCAUUGAUUCAGAUAAAUGGACAUAUUAGUCUUCGUUAUUUUUAUCUGCAUUCCAUUUGCACCAUUUACGACGAAAUCAGAACUUAGAAGCCUAACCAGAGUCACUCACAUGUAGAUUCAAGUUAGAUUGGGCUGCAAAUCUAUGCAGAACGCCGUCGUCUGUUCCGCAACGGACAUUGAGGCCACUUACCUUCACUUGUGACGCACGAAAAUCGUUCGGAGAAUUUUCAACAGUGGAAAUAACCCUUGCGCUUGACGCAGGCAUCAAGCAAAUGAGAGUUACGCCCUCUUUAGAUGUCGUACUGCGGAAUGCGUCGCUUUCCGAUGUCGCGAUGGGGCACCGUUUUGCUGUUUUGACACACGCAUCUGUAAUUAGGAGAGUGUGACGUCUGUGAGUCUCUUUACGUCAGUUGUCAUAGGCACAAACCAGUCCUCCACCAACAGUUACUUAACUUGGUUUGCCUUAGCAGACUUUCAGAGGCUAGAAGACCGAAAGAUGCAGACUGUGUUUCCCGGGCUGCAAAAGUGCAGACACUUCAAAAUACCGCGUGGAUUUGCAAUUAUCUAGCUUAUUCAGGGUUUAAUGAAACUUAAAAACCAAGCGACAUAGAUCUUACCUAACAAAGGAUGUGUGGAGACCGAUGAUAGAGAGAAAACACGUCAGACAGUUACUAACUGCUAACUUGAAUACACAAAGCACCCGUUAAGUAGACCUCCGUGGAACUUUAGCAUGCCGGUUCUAGUGGGACGGUCAGAUAAAGCGUGUAGAUUGGGAGAGAUUCGGCGGAGAGGCCAAUGUCACUCUGUGCGCUAAGUAAUGUCCCUACACUGAUGCAACCAAAACCAUGCACACUGUCUGCAAUCGAGUGAAAGCAGAUGCCUUCAUUAGGACAAAAAUAACAUGAAUUCGGGGCAAUAGGUAAACGCAUCAUUUUGCCGCCCGUGCUGAAUGCAAACAACCUUUUUUAUGUACCGUGGUAUUCAUCCAUUUUCACAUUCACCUUUUGCUUUAUAAAACGAACACGUCUUGGGGUAUUUGGGCAUGUGGGGGGUCUUUAAUUGUUCGCAUCGGUUUCAAAAACACGGGUAAAAGGCCACGCGUGAUAGGUGAUCAGUGAAAUCUUACCCAAAAUAGCCCAUAGCAACGCCGUCUAUUUGUCUACAGUUUGUUGUCGAAAUGGAACUGCACAGUUAGUGUAGAUUUUAGUGGUAGUUCCUAUGGUGUGUUCGUUGUUAUCCCCAUUUACAUUUGAAUGGCCGAUAUGUAUUCGCCGAUGCAAUCGACUGUGUGUGUGUGACUGGGAUGCUUGUGAAUUGUCAUGAGACAUCAACCAGAAACAACCGUUCCCUUGCUUCUUAGCCUACCGCUUAGCUACCGCAAGAUACGGAAAGUUACGUAUGUCCAAGACUGGACGAACUAGCAAACCAUCUUCCUAAGUAUUUGGUAGACCGAAACAUCGCGGAGUGGUUGUGCCGAUUGGCCGGAUGCUCGAGUUGACAACCGCCUAUGAAACCCCCUCCCUGGGGUUUUCUUAGGCAGUCAGUCAGUUUUACAUAUACCCCACAGGUGCAAUCAUUUUUCGUGGCCACACUCUUGAAUUUCUUCUGGCCAAUCUGCGUAUAAUAAGGAUUCCUGGGCUGUAACCAUGUAAAACGGGAUAAGUCGUCAUUAAACACAAAUUUAGAGCCAGGCAACAUCAAUAUUUCCUAACAAAGCAUGUGCGGAGACCAAUGAUAGAAAAGAAACAUGUCAGGCAUUCACUAGCUUCUAACUUGAAUACACAAAGCCCACCGUUAAAUAGACCUCGGUGAAACACUGGCAUGCCGGUGCCAGUUGGACAGUUUGAGCACGCACGUGGAUUUGGAGCGAUUAAGUAUACAGGCCAGUGUCACUCUGUAAGCAAAGCAAUACCCCGCACUGAUGCAAUCCAAACCAUGCACACUGUCGCCAGUCGCAUGAGUGCAAACGUAUUCCUUGAUCUAGAAAUAGUAUGGAUUAAAGACAAUGGCAAAAUGCAUGGUUUUCCGUCAAUACUGAAUUCCAAGCAGCCUUUUCUACAUAUAUGCUGUGCCAUUCGUCCAUUUCUGCAUUCACAUUCUACUAGUUGUCUAUGGUUUAUGACCACGUACAACAGAAGAUCUACGAUUUUGCCUUUGAGAAGGCAAGGGUACUCGGCCGAGCCAACGAUAGGAUGGCCAGACUGAUGCUCGAAAACUGGUCCUCGACUGGCACGCUUAACAGAGCCAUAGAUCUGUACCCCGCAUACCAGGCGCUACGCACAAGGCUCGAGCCAGUGUGGACGAGGCCAUCUGAACAGUCGAGCAAACUCACGCGUGGCCGACAGCCGAUGCCAGCGGAAAGAAGGAGGGAAUCCGGCCGGGGUCAUGUGAUCAGCAUGGGAUGCUACCUUACCGCGACGCCCACGAGGCUGAGACCAACUCACAUGAGCCCCAACAACUGAUCAGUCCGUUCAGUGACGAGGGGAAGGCUGAUGAGCAUGCUGACUCAGCAACAAUUACGACGGCCGCAAAGGGGUCAAAGAUGACACGAAACCACCAGCGGUCAGUCGCGGAGAGGUCAACGCUAAGCGGUGUCCAACGGGCAGGUCAUAGUUCGUGCUUCGAACACGGAUCUAAUACCAGGCAGGUAUCAAGGCUGAAGCGUUCAAAAUCAACAGGAACAGCCAAAAAAUAACUCUGAUGAUGGAAACGAGAAGGUUUCCAAAACGUCAACUCAAAUACAAUUUGGUUCACGAAUUCACCCUCUCUUUUUCUUCGUCUUUGGAUGCCCGUUUUACAGCACAUUCUACGUCUGGGAAUUACUGGGCAUGUUAGGGGCCUAUAGUCGUUCGCAUGGGUCUCCAAAACAUGCAAAGAAGGCUACGUAUGACAGAUAGAUGAAACAUUAUCCAACAUCAAACAAACGAAUGCAGCCAAUAAAUUCAGUUCCGCAAUUAUCAAUCAUCACUACUUACGGACGCCUCGCUAUAUCCGAGACGAGUUUCUUGGGAUAAGUGACUCUCCUGCUCACUCCGUCUGGAUUCAUGUUAUUUGCCCAUCUACUGUAGCUAAAAGUUUGUUUUAGUCAAGAGGGGUACAUAUAUACUGCCAGUCAUUUGGCAAGCAGCAAUUAUAAUGUGACUGUUUGUAACUUCACGGACAAACUUGCAUGUUAAAUUUCCUUUGAAGAUUACGAUCGGAAUGCGCAACUUCUAGAUCCCACUGCUUGAGGGGCACAUGGUAGUGGUUGGAAAUAGAAUUUCCAAAAAAGCGGGUGGCGAAAUCAUAUGCUUGAGAAGACACUUCAUCGUGCCUUCUAAAUGAGUCCGGGUCACAUGGCGAAAGAACAACUACUCGUUGGUGCGGCAAUCACACAGCUCUGACCGUGUCAAUCUACGGGAAGCAAUUCUCACUACACGACUUGCACACAGGAUCGCGAGGCUACCUUGCAACCUCUAACGAUCAUAGUUAGGAGCAGAAGUCAGUACUGAUGGAUGCAGUAAACGAAAUAGCUAUGCACAUGAUCGAAACGGAAUUGAUGGCCAAUUAGGCAAGCUUCCAUUGGGCGAAAUUUGAUUUAACUCUGCUGACUACUCUUAGGCGAUUAGCUGUCCUGAUACGCCACAAGAUCUGCAAGUUGGCCAGUUUGAACAAGCAACACGGAGACUCAACCCAGACAGCGCCAACGCCUUCAGUACCUUGGCUUGGCAACCCUGCCCAAACAGUUUCCCCACCGUUUAAGAUACCGCACAACAUGCCCUCUCCAAUCACGCCCUCACUGGACAACGCUGAAUUCUUGGGCGGUAACGACGACUGCACCGUCCUCGGAUGA